CAUCUCCGCGAGGAGUUAGCUACUGGAGGGACGUCUUUGUCACUGAGCUCGUCUUAGCCUUAAAAUCAUCUUGCUUUAGACAGAAUGGGCUUGAAUCUCCCCGAUUUCUAUUGUCUUAACGGCGUUGUAAGGCACCCAUACAGAAGCAAAAUCGCAGAGGCCGUGGCUGGCGAGCGAAGCGGUCACACGGCCGUCGCGGACGCCGGUUAUGUGUAUGUGUGGGGAGGAUACGUGUCAAUUGCUGAACACGGCGUAUUCUACCCCAGUGAUGAAAUAUGGUUGUACGAUGUGGACAGCGGGAUAUGGCAGGCUCAUCCAAUGGAAGGAGAUGCCCCUCCCCCCAUGUCAGGCACCUGUGGCUGUUCUUUGAAUGGAGAGAUGUACAUCUUCGGAGGGUAUAACGACAAUGGCUACACAAAUCAGCUUUACUGUGUCAACCUUCGAAGUGAAGAAUACACCUGGAAGAAAGUGAGCUAUGCUGAGGGCUGCCAGCCAACUCCAAGAGAUAAAAACUCCUGCUGGGUUUACAAUGACAGGAUCAUUUACUUCGGUGGUUAUGGCUGCAAGAGAUUCAGUGAGAUCAGUGACUCCACCAGCUUCACUGUAGAUGAAGUCUCCUGGACAUCCUGCUGCACACUUCUCAUCCAGGUGGGGGAGAUAUUUUGGGGCUGGAACAACGAAGUCCACGUUUUUGACCCCCAAAAGCUAACCUGGAGUGAACCAAGCACCAGAGGUGUUGUCCCGGCUCCCAGAGCUGCCCAUGCCUGCGCCACUCUGCACAACAAAGGAUAUGUGUGUGGUGGUCGAGUUGUGAACACCAGGACAAGCGAUAUUCAUUGCCUGGAUCUGGACACCUGGACGUGGUCAGAGAUAAUUCACACUUCAGCCCAAGUUCCUGCUGGUCGCUCCUGGCACACUCUCACCCCUGUGGCCGACAGCGUGCUGUUUCUGUUUGGUGGGCUCAGUGCAAACUGCGAACCCCUAAGUGACAGCUGGACGUUCAACACUCACAGCCGAGAAUGGAGAGAGAUGAAGCAUCUGCAAAAAAAUACUCCACGGUUGUGGCACACUGCCUGUCAGGGGAAAGGGUCAGAGGUCAUUGUCUUUGGGGGAAGUCAGGAUGAUCUGCUGUCAGUAGACACAGGGCACUGCAAUGAUAUUCUUGUCUUUCAAACACAACCUUGCUCCCUUGUCAGGUUGUGUGAAGACUGCAUUGGGAAAAACUCCAGGGUCCUUAACGAACAGCUGUCAUGGUUGCCACUGAAACUUCGACAAGCAAUACAGAAAAGGAUUUUGUUUUUUGAGAUAGCUGAAAAAUCCACCAGAAAAGACAAUUCUGCAUAAGCAUUGCAAAGUAUGCCAAAAUCAAAUGCAUUUUACUUUGGUAUAUGUAGAUUUUCAUCUGUAGUUUGAUAUCAACAAAAUAUAAAAAGCACAGUAAGACUAGGGUAAUGUAAGGACUGUGUGAUGUUUUUAACAAUUUAAAACUGAGUGAAGGACAGGUACUUCCAGGAAAAUUAAAGUCUUAAGAGAAAGGUGAAUUGCUCUAUGUUUAGUUUUAUUUACUCUAUAGCACUUGGAGGGAUGACACAGUAACUCUGGAUUGCUUUGUUAAUAGAUACUCAGAGGACACUAUGUGUUGUCUUAUUUUACUUCAUAGAAGAGUUGUUUAACACUUGAAUAAAAAUAAAUUUAACACUUGAUAUAACUGUGAAUGUUAUUUUGGGCAACAUUUGGGCAAUGAGCUUUAAAAAUAUUAAAAAAGAUUAUAGGUAACUGUUAAUGAAAGUAUUGCAAUGCAUUGGUGAUACAGUAUGUGUGGAGAAAACCUAACAUAUACUUACUUGUUUUAAAGGGUUAGAAAUAAUUAAGCAGGAUAAAUUCACAUACUGAUUCAGUGUUUUACAGAUAUACUGUACUUCUGUUUAGGUGUUUACAUACAAUCUGACAUUGAUUCCUGUUUCAUUGCCUACUUCAUAUUUUUUAAGGAUUCCAACGCAUAAGAAACUUCCUUUAACUCUAACUCCAACCAGUUGAAUGUCUGUAUUACCGAAGCUCAUUUUUGCCAUUAACGGAAAAAAAAUCCUCAAUUAUUUUGUAAUUACCAGUACUGUACUCUAUUAGAUCUGUUGGCAUAGUUUAUAACUAUGAAACAACGAUGAUACUUUUAGCAUUGGUGCU